UGAGUGAUGCUCUGGAGGUGUAGCGUGAAGGGAGUAUAUACUUGGUAGUGCGAAGGGAACAUUUUGAUAGUAGGAAGGGAACAUUCUUGGUAAGCGAUAUCCUCUACUUAAGAAACACAUCAAAGGGUGUAUCUUAAAGUGAGAGUUCGAAUAUAUUUCAAAGUUUUUAGAGAAUUAUUUCAAAACCAAUUUAUUUACCCAAAUGGAGCAUUACAACUAUGGAGGAUUAGAAGAUGAAGAGUUUUUGGAAGCCCAAAACCAACUUCAUCAUUAUAAUGAAGGAUAUGUUUAUGGGGUGGAUGGCCAAACAAAUAUUAAUUUAGAACACCCAAUUAGCACAACUGAUGUUCAAUAUGCUUCCGAAGAUGGAAAUUUGAAAGAAGAAAACAAUGUGGGGGAGGGAGUGGAUGAAUUGACUACUGAAGAAAUGAUUCAAAAAUUAAAUAUUGAAACGGAGCAACUCCAAAAUGUUGAGGAGAUUGUCAAAAACGAGUUUGAGACAGUUGAAGGAGUCCAUGAAAAUGUUGCUUUAGAAAAUGGUGGAGAGGGUAAUUUUGUUUAUAUUUCAUAUGUAGUAGGGGAGUCUGGUUAA